AUCCAAGUUAAUAACUUUAUCAACUGAAUAUUAAACAUGGCUAGAUACGGUUAUAGUUCGACUAACCCAGCUAAGUCUGCUUCUGCUAGAGGUGCUUACUUGAGAGUCUCCUUCAAAAACACCAGAGAAACUGCUCAGGCCAUCAACGGUUGGGAAUUGGAAAAGGCCAAGAAGUACUUGGAACAAGUUUUGGACCACAAGAGAGCCAUCCCAAUGAGAAGAUACAACGGAUCCACUGGUAGAGCCGCUCAAGGUAAAGAGUUUGGUGUCACCAAGGCCAGAUGGCCUGCCAAGUCCGUCAACUUUCUUAAGGAUUUGUUGGUCAAUGCUGAAGCCAACGCUGAAACCAAAGGUUUAGACGUCACCAAAUUAAAGAUCUCCCACAUUCAGGUCAACAAGGCCCCAAGAUUCAGAAGAAGAACUUUCAGAGCCCACGGUAGAUCCAACCCAUACCAAUCCCAACCUUGUCACAUUGAAUUGAUCUUGACCGAACAAGGUGAAGAAAUCAAGAAGGCUGAUGAAAAGAAGGUUAGAUUGAACACCAGACAAAAGGGAAGAUUGACUGCUCAAAAGCGUUUGACCAACUAGAUUAUUUUACCAUAAUUCUGUAUGUAAAAUUUAAUUAACAAGAAUAAUCAUGG